CUUAGCCGAGCAGCUUUCCACCGGAGUCCGUCACUGCUCGCUGCUGCGGGGUGGGGAAUGCUUUCGUUUGCUUACUCAUCCGGAAAUAGCCUCAACCAAAGCUUUUAUUUGUUUUUCAGCUCCAAAACGUGACAAAACAUGCUUCCUGUCCACUUUCUGCAAUGAAGGCAGGUUUCCUACGGAGAUUGUUCAGAAUAAUCGUCGUUUUUGCCUUGAUCAUUUUAUCUUUUUACGCUUUUAGAGAAAGUAAACAAUCAUCAGCGCGACCUGCCUUGCUGUCAGAUAAGGACUACCGAGUCAUAUCGCCUCAAACGUACAAAUACAUCCACAACCAGCCUCAAGUUUGCUCAAACCGAAGUGAUAUUUUGUUAGUUUUUGUCGUUCCCGUCGCCCCUGACCAUUACGCGCAGCGAGAGGCCGUGCGUAAAACAUGGGGUGCUCCCGGAGUGGAUACUUUGACUCUGUUCUUCCUGGGGUUACCUGAGGACAAUUCCAAACGGGAAGAAAUCCGAGAUAAAGUUGAAGAAGAGAGUAAAAAACACGGAGAUAUCAUUCAAAUGAACUUUAUUGACAACUACCAGAAUCUGACCAUCAAAACGCUGAUGAUGAUGCGGUGGCUCGACGUGCACUGCCCGCAGACGCGCUACGGCAUGAAAGUGGACUCGGAUAUUUUUGUGAACGUUUUCUACCUCAAGGACUACCUCAAGAAAUGUCCACGGAGGAGUUUUAUCACGGGAUCGGUCAUCAGCGACGGCACGCCGAGACGUAACAGCGACAGCAAGUGGCGUCUGUCCGAACGCGAUUACCCCGAGGACGCGUUGCCCCCCUACGUCUCCGGGGCAGGGUACGUCUUCUCGUGGGACCUGGCGGGCCGGAUAUCGCUGGCGUCCCGGUUCUUUCGCGUGAUCCCGCUGGAGGACGUGUACGUGGGGCUUUGUCUGCGCUUGUUGGAGGUGCGGCCGGAGUACGCGUACAGCCUGGUGCCGUUCGUCAAGAAUCUCUUCGAAGUCAGGAAUCUGAAGUACGAUCGGUGUAGGUUUGCAAAGCUGAUCCUAGUGAACGGGUUUAGUCCGUCUCAGCUCGUGGAAGCGUGGAGGGAUUUUACGCAGGGCUACGGAAACUGCUAGAGCCAAAAUACCAAAAUCUGACCUGUAACUUGGUCACUCUCAAAUCUAUGCAGACACAAGUAGAAAAUGCAAACUCUCUGACCUUCUUGCUGUGAGUUGUGCACCUUUAUUCGACACAGACACCUCCAAACUUCCAACACUGAUGGAAAAGCAGAAAGUAAAGUAGUAAAGUACUCUAAAUGCAGUAUAAUUUGAGGUACUUUUUACUUUAACUUCACUACAUUUGAGAGCAGGUGUGUGUACUUUCUACUUCACUACAUUUUUAAAGUGUUUUAUUGAGUGGGGCCUGCUGAAAAGCCCGAGCUGUUUCUUUUGAACUCAUUUGUAGUCUGAGUAAACGGUUUGGUCCUUCAGCUUAGGGGCCAGUCUCAAAAACAAAGCUGAAAAAAGCCGAGGGACUCAAAACAAAAUACAAAAUAACGAAAAGCCUUUAAAGCCACAUGGUAGAUAAAGUUCAAAUCACACCUUUUGCCUUCAUCAGGGCAAACUCCAGAUGACGAGAUCACAUUGCAGGUUUAAAGUCCACGGUGUAGGUCACAUGUUCACACUGGGCCGGUCCACAGUCCUCUGGUGUUACACCCUAUUUAAGAUAAGAUAUAAUACAAGAUAUAAGACAAAAGCGCGCGUUGCAUGCUGGGAAUUAUUUUGGUCGGCGGCAAGAAACACUAAUUCAACAUGACGGAUGGAGCGAGAAAGCACGUAAAGGAUAUUGAUCCCGGUUAUUUAUCCACUCUAACAGCAGAGGACCCAAGACCAUUUGACCAGAAAUUGGACAUAAGCAUCGACGGACGACAAAUCACCCUUUUCAACCCCGACAAAAGGUGGACCAAACCAAAUUUCUGGUCAGAAUCACCAACUACCUGGACAAAUAUUCACUUCGGUGACAUCCACAGUUACUUGGUGGAAACUCCUGGGUCAUUCACAGAAGAAAAGAUGAAAACCUCCAAGAGUCUGGAUGUGUUGUUGAACUUGUUGGAGUCCACGGUUUGCUCGGAUCUUCUACGUUUGCUGUGCGGAUGAUUGAAAGGCGUUAGUGGUUCUUUUCACUCGGAAUAUGAAAAAGACAUUUUCCUUCUUCUGUGCUUCUAUUUGUGCAUCCGAUAAUGCAGCAGGAAUUUACCAUUAUCGGGGAUAAAUAUGCAAGGUUACACACUGUGUUUGACGCUAUCGUGUUUCUUGCCUCCGACCAAAAUAUUUCCCAGCAUGCAACGCGGGCUUUUAAUAACAAUGACGUCAGCUGAAACUCGCCUAUAAAUAGUACAAUUCCCAAAAACCAAUACAUAGAAAGAUACAUAGUUUAAAAAUAUACAUAUAGUGCAAAAAUGUGAUAGUGCUACAGAUACAACUUGUCUAAUUUGUAUAAUAUAUUAGAGGACUGGUCAGUUUCAUGGAGACGUACUUUUACUUUUUUACUCUUGAAAUACAUUUUUAAACAAGUGCUUUGAGAACUUUUGCUUAAGUGCAGUUUUUCAUGUGAUACUUUUACUUUUACUUGAGGAUUUCUGUGCUCUGGUAUGUGUACUUUUAUUUGAGUAACACAACUGCUGUGUAGAUCUUUCGAGCACUGUCAUGGACUUGUAUUAAUCUCAAACCAAAUUACGUCUAAUGAUUCGUGUGCUGCUUGUACUGUUCUAUGAAAAUCUUUAUGCAGAUUUUGAAGCUAAAGUGACUAUUGUUGCACUGAUGUAUGUGAUGAAUAGGAAGUAAGAUGUAUUACCGUAUUUUCUGGACUAUAAGUAGCUUCAGAGUAUAAAUCGCACAAGCCAAAAAAUGCGCAAUGAAAAAGAAAAAAAACAUGUAAGUUGCACUGGAUUAUACGUCACACGUUUUGAGGAAAUGUAUUUUAUAAAAUCAGAGAUCAGGAACCGACAUUUCACCUUGAAAGUCAAGUUCUAGUAAUAACAACAGAACAGAGAACAACAGACUGAGUAGGUGUUAAUAUGUUAAUGUCACAUAUGAACAGUUAUUCAGAUAAUUACAGCAUAAACAACAGAACAUAAAUUUACCAAACUCACGAUCUCACUCCAAAUCACUAAAUCCAUUCAAUUCUUCAUCCUCUGUGUCACUUCUGCGCAACCUCCAGAGAUAAACCAUAGAUCCAUGAUGUAAACAGAGCGCCGCUUUCUCUUCUGUGUAUCUGUUGUCAGACUCAGCAUCGGUUCCAGUUAGAAUUAUUCCGGCCUUUCUGAAUCCCGACAGGAUGGUUUUGGUGUCAUUGAAGUUCAGGCUUUGUCGAUUUAUACAGUGACUUCCAGGAAAGUUACAUGAGGCACCCAGUCAGUUGCCGUGAAGCUGUGUUCUCCAUCCCCACUUUCCACCAGUCAAUCACAAGUUUCUCUCUCACUCCAAACUUUCUCUCUGCUGCUCGAUCACUGUUUUCGGCUGAAUAUUUCACUAUUUGCAGUGAGACAGCAGCUAUUUCUACAGGAGACAUGCUCAGUAGAGUGAAGUGUCAGUGGUACAGGAGUAAUAGUAGUACUAGAUACUGACACACAAGACUAGAGCACACUGUAGUUGCUGUCAGUCUGAAAAUGUUCUUAUAUAAGCCGCAGGAAACACCCAAACCAUGAAAAAAAAGUGUGACUUAUAGUCCAAAAAAUACGGUACUAGAUGUGCUUACAACUGUAGUACUAGUAGACCAAUCUCUGGACCGUAUAAUUAGGCUGCUACUUUACUUUCUAAGCUAAACAAUACUACUCCAAUGUGCCUACUGAAAAAAAUGCUUUAUGUGUUGUUAUACUUAUUUUAUUGUGGAGUUAUAGCCUUAACCAAAUGUGCAACAUUUUUACCAAAGGUGCAAUAGUCAAUGUUUAUUUCUUUCUAUUGUCCAGUUCUUGCCUACAGCCUUAACCUUCACUUCUCCAUCCUCUGCUCUCACUCAGACUAACCUGACGUCUUCUUUCACUUCCUUAAAGGUACAUUGCGCAACUUUUCUGAUGGUGAAAACGAAAGUGCCAGAGAGCUACGCAUUUUAGCAGUCACGGAGAAAUGGAGUAUAUUUAAGUGCCACGGCGAGUCUUAAAUGACGUACAGUUAGACGCUUAUACGAAGUCAGACAUUGAAAUGAUAAAUGUACAACGGUAAUAGGCUUUUAAUGAAUCAAAUUUGGCAUAUUUAGGACAAUACGUGUCUAGAAUGUUCCACGGUAGAGAUUAAAUUUAUCUAUCUCAAGGCAGACAACUAUAGACUUCAUUACAGGUCAGAUCUAUGGAGAGUUGCCCCCCAAUUCACAGAGAGAAUUCUUGUAUUUUUGAGCAACGGAAACACCUUUAAUGAAGAAAUGCUAGAUGGAUAUGUUUAAUUAGUGAGGCUGGCUCCACCUAGUGCCUCCUCGCAAUUUCAUUUCUCUCCAGUGACUAGGUCAGGAAUCAGAAUACACUAGACGGUUUGCAAGAACCCCGGAAGUUGUAGACAGCGCUCUGGCCAAUCAGUGAAGAGCUGUGAAGUCAUGACGUCAAACUCGAGCGUCUGUCUGGGUCCUUUUUUGUGGAACAGCACAACAGUAAACAAAGCGGUCGAGAUGGAUGUAGACGAAGACAGACAUUCUGUUUUGGCAACGAUUUCCCGAGAUCGAGGAUUUAAAGCCGGAACAAAGAGAAUGUUUGGUGAAUUUUAUCAAGGGGAAAGACGUUAUUGUCCUUCAUCCUUAAAAUACUACUUAGUCCCGUUAGUGGCGCAUUACAUACGUCACGACCAAAUAGCAGUGAUUGGUUAAAUAAAUUUUUAAAAAACGUUUACCGUCGAGCAAAUGAAUCCUAAUGCUGCAAGGUCACACGGUUUCCAUGAAGUGAAACCGGCUGUUGAAUCAGGCUAACGUUUAAUGUAGGGGUGUGCAAAAAUAUCGGAAUAUCGAUAUAUCGUAUCGUUUAAUGUGAUGAUACAGUAUCGAUAUCGUGGGCUAUUGUAUCGAUAUAGCACGAAGAGUAUUUUUAGGUGUGUUUUACUAAAUUAUUUUGUUACAGCUACAGUUUUGUUGCUUGUGGAGUGAAAGGAAACUCAUUUAUUCAACACAUUUGAUAUUUUUACUGUUUUGAUGAUUAAAAUGUUUGUGUUUCAUAUGAAUUUUGCACAAGAAGUGGUUUAACAAAGACUUUUAGAGUCACGGCCAUGAUUUAGACUUUAUUUUUUAUUGAACCGUAUCGAUUUGAAAUAUAUCAUAUCGAAUCGAAAGUGCACUGUAUCGAGAUAUGUAUCGUAUCGGCAACUUCUUAAUGAUACCCAGCCCUAGUUUAAUGCCAUACCGUUGACCAUUCCAGGCCAAGAGAAAAGUUUUGCAAUGCACCUUUUAAAUCUUUUCUUUCGUGGCAGCUCAAUCUUAAUCCAUACACUCAAUCCUAACCCAAACCCAAACUCACUCACUCUCCCUCCUUUAUAGGCGUGUCCAAACUUUUUCAUCAAAGGACGUGUAUCAAACCACAGGCAAAGUGAAUAAUGAAAAUAUAUGCAUUUAUAACAAGUUAGAAUGAGCCACCAGACCUUUAUUUUUACUUAGAUCCUCAAAAGUACACACGAAAUAUUCAGUAUGGGCAGUUAACAAGGUAGGAGUUCAGAAACUUGACGUAAAAGGCGUCGCUUAAGGUACACUACCGGUCAAAAGUUUUAGAACACCAUCAUUUUUCAAGUUAUUUAUUGCAGUUUAAGUCCAAUAAAAAGCUUGAAAUGGUAUGAAGGUAAGAACUAUACAUACAGAGGUUAAAAAAAAGAUAAAAAACAACAAAACACAAGUCCAGGCUCUGCCAAAACUACCUCAGGAAAAAAGAACAAGCUUGAAAACAUGGAGUGUCCAGACUUAAAGCCCAUCGAGUUGGUUUGGGAUGAACUGGACAGAAGAGUGAAGCAACCUACAUUUAUGAGAACUUCUGCAACAGACUUGGGAAGAACUUUCUGAAGAAUAUUUCUAUUGUAAAAAGAACGAGCCACGAGUGUGUUCAGCUGUUAAAUCUGCCAAAGGUGGACACUUUCAGGAAUCAAAAGUUUAGACUAUGUUUUGGUCUAUAAAUUGAUUCCAUGAUUUAUUUUUCAACUCAAAUUGCUUAUUUCAGAGUGCAAUGACACAGUAAACAGUAAAAAAAUGGAAAAAGUGUGGUGGUGUUGUAAAACAUUUGACCGGUAGUGUAAUAUGAGCCAAGCUGAACUGUGCUGAGGGCCACACCUUCGUUUGGAUUUGCCUUGUCCUUUAUUCUCUCCUCUCUAUCAUACACCUGUCAUCUGUACUAUAUUUUCACUGUCCGUCCUGUAUAACCGAUAUUUACUCUGUACUAGGGUGACCAUAUUUCCUUUUGUGAAAAACCCGGACACCUUACCGGGGUUGGGGAGGUGGGGCCUCGACAUUGAGCUACUCUCACCUCGCGACCUGUGCACAUGGUCUCCCACUUGUCUCGACCGGGAUGGAAAACCGAGAAUUUCUUGUGCACUUGUGCUUCGGCGUGUUGCAGACCGACCGACUGUUUGUGUCUGCUCGCUCCAGUGCACAGAGAGCAAUGGCCCCAAUGUAAGAUCAUGAAAACCCGGACAUUUCCAUCACUUUAAAAAAACAAAACAAAAAACUGACACCCAGGACAGGACGCAAAAAAUGGACAUGUCCAGGGAAAAACGGAUGUUUGGUCACCCUCCUCUGUACCAUAUAUACACUGUCCCUCUUCUGUACCAUAUCAAAUUGUCUGUCUAACCUUGUACCAUAUUCACAAUCUGCUUAAGUUAUAGUACCGUAUUCUCCGCACUAUAGGACGCUCUGGAUUAUAAGACGCACUGUUAUUAAAUGGUCUAUUUUUUUUUUUUUUUUAUCAAAAUAUUUUUAUUGUUUUCAAAACAUCAAAUAUAUACAUUUAUGUAUGUUACUGGCAGGUAACAAAUUCACAAAUGUCAGUUAUGCAGAGCUGGAAAAAACAGAAGUCCAAGUUGCAAGUUCCCCACAGAACAGAUCCACUUGUCAAAUGGAACAAAUUAUAAUAGAUGGAAGAGAGAGAGAAGAAAAAGAAAAAAAAAAAAAAAAAAAAAGCAACAAGACAAAAAACAAAACAAAAUAAUAAUAAUAAUAAUUUUUUAAAAAUUAAACGAAUAUCAAUACCAGGUGCUGUAUUCAUUCACAUACUACAGCUUGUUAUUUUUCUGUUCUUUUUAAAGAGCUGAAUACACCUGCAGGAAACGGCCCCAUGUUUUCUCAAAUGCACCAAUAUUUUGUUUCAGGGAAAAUCUAAUUUUUUCUAACUUUAGACAGGACAUGACAUCUUGCAACCACUGUGAAUGUGAGGGAGGGUUAGUGUCCUUCCACUUGAACAAAACGGCUCGACGUGCCAUAAGCAAAGUAAAAGCCAAAGAAGAGUUUUUGGUAGCACUAAAAUAUAUCUGAUCCUCCAAAACACCAAAAAGCACCAAUACAGGGUUUGGUUCUAACCUAAUACUGAAUACUGGGAUAGAGUGUUAAAAAUAUUCUUCCAGUAGGUUUGGAGACAUGAGCAGGACCAGAACAGGCCACAGCGGACGCACAAUGGGCUCACUUCAGGAUACAGAGAAGGAUAGUCUGGCCCUGGAGAUAUGCUUUCGAUGAACAACUUUGAACUGAAUUAACCGGUGCCGAGCACAGAAAGAAGAUGAGUAAAUAAGUUUAAGAGCAGUGGAUAAAUGGUCUAUUUUUGAACUUUUUUCACAACAGUUAGAUGGGUCAGUUGGACUUUGUUUGGUGCGUUCACGGUGUCUGUCUGGGACCGCUGGAUUGUCGGCGUGUUCGCAGUGACUCAGUUCAGUUGUGUCUAGAAGCGGCACGUCGCGCUCGCUUUUUCUGUUCGUUCCUCCGUUCCUCGUCUGCGGAUUCAUGUACAGGGCGCUCUGGAUUGUGGGGCGCGCCGUCGUUUUUUGACGGGGUUGGAGGCUCUUGAGUGCUCCCUAUAGUGCGGAAAAUACGGUAUAUAGCAGAUUCCAGUAAAUAUUAGCCAUUUUUUUCUACAGUAAGUUGUAGAUUGCAAUGUACUUGAACAGUUAUAUCGAAAUACUCACUUGAAACCAAACUUACCUUGUUAAAAUUGUCUUCUGUGCGUAAUAAUGUACAGACUAACGUAGGAAAAAGCCAUAGCUGUCUAACUUGCUGAUUAAGAAAGAAUGUGUAACACUAAAUGCUGUAAACAAAGCUACUUUUAAAUAUAUGCUGGUUUCAUGAUGCCUUUGUGAACACAGACUACUAACUAUGCACUGCUGGAAGAAAAAGCCUGUUGUUUUGUUAUUGUAAUGCUUGGUUAUAUCCAGCAGGUGGCAGUAUUUGCAAAGCUCAAAGCUGUAUAACACUUUACAUGUCACUGUGUCAAAUGCUGUUUCCAUGAAUGAUUAUUGUGUCAAUCAGUUUUGUAUUUGCUCGAUUUGAACACAUUAAAAGU